GUUAUUAUUGAUGUUGGUAGCUCACGUUCUCUGUCGCUGUGAAAAACACCGCUGCAUCCAGUUUUCCCAUCGUAUCACUAUUUCGUGAAAACCACCCCCAGAGAAAGUGUACACGAAAUCGCUACGAUGGCGCUCCGACUGUUCCGCCUGAGCCAGGAUGUGGUUACGCCACUGAUCAAACGUAACUGCACCGUGUCAGCGUUUGAGCUCCAGCACAAGAACCCCGUCCAGCGGAAGGUGGAGCAGAUCCCGAAAGCGCAGUAUGGCGGGCGGCACACGGUGACGAUGCUGCCGGGCGGCGGUAUCGGCCCGGAGCUGAUGAGCUACGUGCGGGAGGUGUUCCGGUUUGCCGGCGUGCCGGUGGACUUUGAGAUCGUCGACAUCGAUCCGGCCAGCGAGGGCAACGACGAUCUCGAGUACGCCAUCACCUCCAUCAAGCGUAACGGCGUGGCGAUCAAGGGCAACAUCGAGACCAAGUCGGAGGCGACCGGCAUUCUGUCGCGUAACGUCGCCCUGCGCAACGAGCUCGAUCUGUUCGUGAACGUGCUGCACUGCAAAUCGUUCAACGCGAUCCCGGCCCACCACCAGAACGUGGACGUGGUGAUCGUGCGGCAGAACACCGAGGGCGAGUACGCGAUGCUGGAGCACGAGAGUGUGCGGGGCGUGGUGGAAAGCAUGAAGGUGGUCACGAUCGAGAAUGCGGCCCGCGUGGCCCGGUUUGCGUUCGAGUUCGCGAAGAACAACAACCGCAAGAAGGUGACCACCAUCCACAAGGCGAACAUCAUGAAGCUGGCCGACGGGCUGUUCCUGAAGGUGGCGCGCGACAUCGCGAAGGAGUAUCCGGACAUCCAGCACAACGAUAUGAUUAUCGACAACUGCUGCAUGCAGCUCGUGUCGAACCCGCACCAGUUUGACGUGAUGAACACGACCAACCUGUACGGCAGCAUUACGUCGAACGUGCUGUGCGGGCUGGUCGGUGGUGCCGGCCUGUUUUCUGGCCGUAACUAUGGCGACCACUACGCCGUGUUUGAACCGGGCACUCGUAACACCGGUACGGCAAUUGCCGGCAAGAACGUUGCCAAUCCGGUCGCCAUGCUAAACGCGGCGGUGGACAUGCUGUACCAUCUGGGGCACCGCUACCAUGCCGACUGUAUCUCGGAUGCGCUGCACAAAACGAUCGACAUCGAUGGAAUCCACACGCCCGGUAACGUAUCAAAACCCCCGUCCGUGGGUCGUUUGUAUGGGAUUGCGACAGUUUGGAACUCACCGGAGCUGUAUUUUGUCUUUCUUUCGCCUAGAUCUUGGCGGUAACAACACGAGCACCGACAUUGUCCAGAACGUUCUGAAGCAUCUGGCCGAGAAGAGAACGUACUGGUAAGUGGGGCCGCAUGUGCCUGCCGUCUUGUCUGCGUGUUGCAUUGUGUUGCUCGUCUAUUCGUUUCAUAUAUUAUUUGCCAGAUUUUUUGUUUAUUUUGUUUUACUAUUAGCAGUUAAUGUUGAUUUACUUACGCUUUCUUCGUUAAGCGUUCAUCGCUGUCGUUCGUUUAGUGUUUGUGUGUGUAUGUGUAUGCCCGUCAAGUGUUCGUACGACUUUAUGUUUCGGGUAUAGAUUUAGUAGGGAUUUAUUGUUUAUAGUUCAUGUUCAUUCAUGCCAACCAUCCAAUCAUCCCACCUGCCAAUAUCCAUAUUUAGUUGUAGGACAAAACCAUAACAGCAUAAAAAAGGAAAGAUGCUCGAAUACUGCUUAUACAGAUCAGUAGAUUAGUUGCCACGCUGUUCCCAUGUGUUUAUCGUCGCUUCCUUCCCUACCAUUUACGCUUCCCGUUUCGCUUCUCGUUAGCCGUGUAGUGACAUUGCUGUGAAUUUGCGCUAACAUAGUUUGUAACUGUAUGUUUCCAUUUUUUUUUCUUCCGUCACCUGCAACACCGUGUUGUUCGACUGCUUACAAACACACAAACCCAACACCCUCACCCAACCAACAACCUGCUCUAACUAGGCAACAUGGACUAUUGUACAAUAUUUAAUCGCAGGCGCUUAAACUGGCAGACUAAAACGUGUGGUGCGCAACGAUCUCAAUAAUCAUGCAAUUUAAAUACGCUUAUAAUCACACUCACAACCACGACUAUCGCUACGUACGGUGGAUUCCAUUCCUUAUGCAAUGUUGAUGACCAAUUUGGUACUGGAAUUGAGGUGUGUGAAUAACACAAAAAAGGAAGGCAACAACUUGGAGCUAUUGGCUUCUUUUCUAUUUAUGCAAGGAAUAAAUCUGUAUGAAAGAGAGCAAACACAACGUUUCUAAACAAAUACAUAGCUAUAAAGUCAUUUCUUACAACUUAUCUGAGACGAUCUAUAAUAGAAAGGAGAUUUAAUAAUUACAAAUUGCAACACAGGGUUUAUUUUAUCCCAAACCAUUCCUUUUUUAAUAGCUGCUUUGUAUUGUAGCAUUUUAAAAUGUAUAUUUAUUAUGAUUUUUAUGUUUUCGAUUGGUGUGAUAUAGAUCAUGUAUACCCAGACUAUACCCGUCUGUGUAGUUAGAGUGUUGAGAUUAGCAGUUUGGUUCUGUAAAUAAUGUUCCACUUCAAUUAAUUGACCAUCAUCCAUCAAUUAGGUGUGCUAAUGCUGUGUGGUUUAUUUGCACUGUUCAGUUGCAAGGAACAAUUUCACUUUACAAUAUGAUUUCUAUUGCUCCAUUUGCAAUCCAACGUGCAAUGCUAGGAUAGAAUAUGUUAUAGCUAUUAUAUGAUCGACUGUAUUCACUGUUUUCUUCGUAGCACAAAGCACCCGUAGCGAAACGAAAUGUUGUUGUGUGAAUCAAGUUUUGCUUUUGAUAGAUGUCCACGUAGCGAUCGGUCGUUUGGAUGAGUAGAAUGCACUCGGGCGUACGAAUCGGCACUAAUGUUUACACUUUAAACUUUCUUUUUUAAUCUCCCCCUUUACCCCCACCGUCCUACAACAUCCUACCUAUUUUCCUGAUUUUCCUGCCUGGCGCACUUGCACAACAUUUCCCUUGUGUUUGCCCCACAACCAUCCUUCACCCCUGUUUUGGGCGAUCUUUCUCUCAGGAGUGUUAUAAAGGAAAAUUGAACACAAAAAAGGGGAAAGCAACGUCAAUAACACGGCAUGUGGCAUGCAUCAUCAGCUGCGGAUGAUACCAAGAACAGCAAAACACAUUAUUAGCACGAUCGAUGUGAAGCAAACGCAAUUAGAUCUAAUAGAGGAAGAAGGGUGUUAAACCACGCUUUGUUAUAAACCGGUCAGCUGUUUGCAAACAGCGAUUGAUAUUCGAAAACUCAAGCUUGCAGCCCGUGACAAUACGGUAAUAGUAAUAUGUUGCACUGUCGCAUUAAUCGUCGAAUGUUGCACACGCACCACUGCGCAAAUCCAUUGCUCUUAUUAUCAAAUCUAGCUUAUUAUUUGCUUCUUUUUUCUGCCACCUUUUUUUAAGCCCACUUGCCCACCGCACGCUUCUGUUAAACGCAAAUGGCACGGAAAACCUCCGUGUUCUGUUCCUUUCACCAACCGUUUUCCCUCAUCGUUCGUUUUUGUUUCUUCUAACAGGUUCCCGGCGUAUGCGUAUAUCUGAGAAGUUAGGCUAGAACCGAACAAAAAAAAAAACAACCCCAAACACCCCUAAACCAAAGCCAAAAUAGUUCCUUUCCAAGCGUAAAUCCUUAAACGUUCAUCCCGUUUUUAACUGCUUAACUGUUAUUUCCGAUCCCGAUUUCCGUUCUCUUUCCCUUUUCGGUCUGUAACAUCUGACUCACACACACACACACAUGCCAACAGCUCCUAAUCUCCCCCCUGCAAGUCGGUGUGUUGUUUUGUUGUGAGGGGGCAUUCUCUCGGUGGAUGGGCCAUUCCUUUCUUUCCCCUUUUGCGAGACGAGGAAACACAACUUCAAAAUCAUGUAACAAACAAACACAACACAAUACAAAACCCUACCCCAUCAGGAAGCAUAAUGCUGUGAAGCUAGACGAUCAAACCGUGCGCGGUGUGUGCGUAGGUGAGGAAGCAGAGCGUUUGAGAAUGUUUUGGACCAGUUGGCAAAAUUAGGUAAAAAGUUAAGGCAAUCGGCAAACGAAUAUGGAAAACACAAUAUAAAAGCUCAAAAUUUGGCGUAAAACAAACAAAAACCCGAGAUUCUCUGUUUCCAAAUCUGUGUCCACCCAUGGGACCUUUCACCUGCUCAUUUCCAUCAUGUUCGGGGGGGCUGAGGGAACGGUAGUUGUUGGCCGCGACCAACAAUUGCAUCAUCAUCAUCAUGCGUUGGUACAAACACCUUCCAAUAAUGACCGUCUGCGUAUCUUGUUGUUCGUUUUCGUUAUGUUGUUUUGGUACAUUUUUUGUAGUUUCUUUCGUUGCACUCUGUGUGGGUGUGUGAUCCAUUAUUUUUUUUAUUUAAUCCGUCCCGUGUGUCCCCGAUGAUCAAUGAUAGCAUCGUGAAAGCGAUCAUUUAAUCUUUGCAAUCAAAUAUUUAAUAAUGUUUUACCCUGUUACCCCGACUAACGCUCUCUCCUCGGGCUCGGGCUCCAGCCUGAAGUGUUAGUUAACAAAGUAGAGCCAGUUUGAUACAAGCUAGUGGCGCGUGGAAAGAAAUGUUUGCUCAUCAUCCUGCGACGAUCAUUGAUCAUUAUUGUGCGUGUUUUUCGAUCAUUCAUCCCCUGGUUCCUGUUACGGUUUGUUUGAACGCCAUUGAACGUGUGCGCGUGUGGGAUUUUUGUGCCGUUGCGUUCUAAAGCGUUCGAUACGGCAGACGAUUUAUGACGCGUCUGCUCACUGUCUUGGUUUUACGACGUUUUGUUUAUACCUUAUGUACCUUAUUUGUAAUUGGAAAAGCGAGCUUGUGUUGUAUCCUUCGGAAGUAUCAAAAUUUGAAUUUUUCAAAAUUAAUUUGCAACCGAUUGGCGAGAACCUAUCUCUCAACAUUGGCACGUUUAGUAUCAGUUUGGCAAGGAACGCUCGGUAACUACGAAAAAAUUGUUUUUGCUCACUUUUCUGUGAAAUUAUGACUCUUUAUUUGAUUUUCUCUUUAUUUUGAUACAUUUCUUUUCUUAUGUUUUGUAUUUGAACUUAUUGUAAAAAACAACAAAAAAAUACAUCCAUAAUCUACCAACGAAAAAUUGUGUACCCCUGCCGAACGCGGAAAUGAAUGCACAGAGAAGAGCGCAAACUGGGAUCCCAAACGCCGAGGGAUGAGCUGGCGAGCAUCAAGAGAGUAAGAGAAAGUGGAGCGCGGAAUUGGAAAUGAUCGAUGUUGCCUUAUUUACGUUAGAUUAGAUCUUCUUUCGAUCGGAAUGCAUAAACCUAAGCAAAAGGACACUGUUCUGUAUUUAGAUGUUUUUGGAUUUUUUUUCGGCAGAUUUGAAAUGUUUUCUUUUUUAGUAUUAUAACCCCCAAAAUUGUGAAGGAGUUGUAUGGUCAACCGCAAAGGCAAGCUAAUUUUGGAAGGGAAGCAAGACAAAAAAAUGAUUCACAAAUCAUGAUAAUUUUAUUUAUUUCAAUUAAACAAACACAUUAUUGCCCCGAGAAGGAUGAAUGCUGCAAACGAAAUAGAUACUGUUACUGUAAGAUACAAUAAA